AUGCCCGUCAACACUAAUUUCACAGUCUUCAUACGCUUACCAUUUCCAAGAGGCGACUUUGUGGAAUGGAAUGCAUCCAAAGAUCAAGCAUUAUGGGAUAUCCUUUCUCGGCCAUCUAAAGGUGACAUAGACUGGAAAGCUCUGGCAGAGAACUUCGAUGUCACCUUGCAGUUCCUCCUUCAGCAGGCAGCAUGGCUCUAUGAUCGCCAGCUGUCGCAGGUUCGGGCUCAAAUGCGCAAGGUCGGCACUACACAGUCGAACUCCCCUUCCCCGGCUCCAGGAUCUGUGUCUGGUAGUACAGCAUUGGGUGGACAGUCACAGAGAGAAACACCAGCACCAGGUUCUCGGGCGCCAUCCCGGCAAGUAUCUCAUCCGAAAGAUAUCCCUCUACGAGCCCCUGAGAACCGACGUACCAGCUUUACAUCAACUACGCCUACUAACCUCACCCGCGGACCUCGGGACCCUACACGCACCGCCACGCCGACAAUCGAUGACAAAGAAUCACGCUGGGAUUCUUUGGCUCACCGGCCUUCGGCUGUGAGACGAGAACAACCACCGGUCGCGUCUUUGCCCAGAUCUUCGCCACUCGAGGAAGAGUCUCUGUCCUCGAGCUCAUCGGAAGAAUCAGCAUCCGACGACGAUAACACAAACAGACGUGCACCCCUGUUCAAACGGUUUGGCAAAUUUUCUACUCAUCGUCUACGGGAUGAUGAGGACGACGAAGAAGAUACUCCAGCCUUCCUGCCCCUAUCCCGCGAACAUGGGCGUAUCCAUCGGGACCGGUCAGGCCAGGAACUCAGCGCCACACUCCGUUUAGAUGCCGAGCGAGCAGCGGCGCAACGGCGACACCCCGAGCAGCGGCCUAAUCCUAGGGUACCGGCACCAACGGACUCAUCUACAAGCUCAAUCAGCUCCGGUGGACGUAGCAGCCUACCCGGUGGACCCAGGCGGACCAGCCAGGGGGGAUCGAUGCUGAGCCCUGCCGAACGCCAGAAUUCGCGCAAGUCCACCGCCUCCGGUCGCGAAGCUAGCGAUGGUACUCCCAGCAUGGGAAGCAGCUUCAGUGACCUCGACGAUGCAAGUGUUACCCAGUCAGCCCUGGAGGAGGCCCUUCUAAGCAACAUGCAGCAUGGUGGAAUGGCGAGUCGGAUGAGCACUAUCAGUCAAGCCUUGCGCAGCCGGUAUCUGCAGUGA